CCAAAAUCAUGACCAAGUGUCGCUUCAACGCGUGCGAAGAGGCUGCGAUGGCCAACUCGACCAAGUGCUAUUUCCACCGCAGCCGCGGCCACUGCUCCGUGCAGGGCUGCAAGAACCAAGUGUUUGCGCGCCACUUGUGCGUGCGCCACGGCGGCCGGCCCCUCUGCAGCUUUGAGGGCUGCUAUGGCAACGCCCGCCUGCGCGGCUUUUGCUCCAAGCACGGCGCCAAGGUCCCCAAGAAGCUCUGCUCCGAACCUGGCUGCACCAAGAUGGUGCAGUCCAAGCAAAAGUGCGUGCGUCAUGGCGGCGGCCGCCAGUGCCGCAUGGAUGGCUGCACCACGUACGCCCGCCUCGGUGGCUACUGCUCGCGCCACCACCGCGUGCGCACCGACGACGCAUCGUCGCCGACCGCCGCCUCGCAGCUCGAGCCAAUGCCGCACACCACGUACUUUAGCCAUGGCCCCCAAUACAACUACUACCCGUUCGACCCGACCCAGCGCUACAGCAGUGGCAGUAGCCCCAGCUACAGCAAGCCCGACGCCGCCGUCGUCGACCACCGGUGGUGGCCCAGUAUCGACGUGGCACCGACCUCGUACCACUUUGCCGAGGCGCACCGCUACGACCCGCCACGGGACCCGAAUGCGUGGACGUUUUCCGUUUAG